AUGGUGUCCAUCCUCCCUGCUCUUCUCUGCCUUGAGCUGAGUCUGGGCCAGAAAACACACGUGCAGGCAGGGACCCUCCCCAGACCUACCAUUGGAGCUGAGCCUGGCUCUGUGAUACCCAUGAGGAGCUCUGUGACCAUCUGGUGUCAGGGGACACUGGAGGCCCAGGAGUACCACCUGUAUAAUGAAGAAACAGAUAUACCUUUGGGAAGACAGAAACCUCUGGUUCCUGGUGACAAAGUGAAGUUCUUCAUGGAAGACGUCUAUCCAGGGAGAUUUUGUUGUAAAUACUUCAGCCCCACGGGCUGGUCAGAGCUCAGUGACCCCCUGGAGCUGGUGGUGACAGGAUUCCAUGGGAAACCCAGCCUCUCAGCCCUGCCCAGCCCUGUCGUGACCUCAGGAGGCAACGUGACCCUCCAGUGUGGCUCAGGGGAGGAAUUGGACAGGUUCACUCUGAUUAAGGAAGGAGAACGCAGGCUCUCCUGGACCCUGGACUCACAGCCGCAUACCAGUGGGCAGUCCCAGGUCCUGUUCCCUGUGGGCCCCAUGACCUCCAGCCACAGGGGCACGUUCAGAUGCUAUGGAUAUUUUAGGAAGUACCCCCUGGAGUGGUCUCACCCCAGUGACCCACUGGAUCUACUGGUCUCAGGGGCUUCCAAUGCCAUCAACCCAUCACAAAACAAGUCAGACCCCAGGACCUCCAGCCCCCAGGACCACACAAUGGAGAAUCUCAUCCGCUUGGGUUUGGCUGGACUGAUGCUCAUGGGGUUCGAGGCCCUGCUGUUUCAGGCUUUAAACAGUGACGGAAGGACCCAGGAUGAAACUGAGACGUGAGCACAGAGGAAACGGGGCACCGUCCAGAGUGGGGGAGCCGUGGAGCCCAUGGGAUGACCCA